AUGUCUGAAGAGUGGUGAGAUGUAAAAAUACAAGGCAGCGAACUGAUCCACACAUCAAGCUCUUUCCUUCUUCCUUCAUCCUCAUUCCAACUCCUCAAAUUUUAAAGAAAUAAAACUGCAUUUGGAACAUUUUUUGAACAGCUAAAUCCCUGAUCUGUCACUCUGAUCGGUAAUGAACCGCCGAGGUGAAGCAAGUUCCUCAUUCAGCCAGACUAACAUCCCAAAUGCAACAAGUAUGCCAGGCCAAAACCAAACUGGAAGCCACAGAGCCAACAGGUUCAUGAAUGAACUGCGGAGCAUCCACAAACCGUCCUGGGCUGCAGCUGCUCUCUGCAUCAUCAGUUUGUGCAUGGUGCUGUCAUGCGCUUUUUGCAUCUGGAAAAAGUGCUUGAUAAAAAAGGACAAGGACAAAGAAAAAGACAAGAAAAAGGGGAAAGAGAAAAGCAAGGGAGGCUCUGACACUGAAAUGGAUGGGGGUUACCUUGAGCCCACACAAGAUGAAGCAGAGAAAGAAACCAAGCUUUCAAAACAUGAGCUCAAAGAGGAUGAGAAGCUCGGCCGACUUCACUUCACAUUAGACUACAACUUCACAGAAAAUAUGCUGAUGGUUGGCAUCCUGCAGGCGUCAGAACUUCCUGCGAUGGAUGUGGGAGGUAGCUCUGAUCCUUAUGUUAAAGUCUACCUGCUCCCAGACAAGAAGAAAAAAUAUGAAACCAAAGUCCACAGGAAGACGCUGGAACCAAACUUCAAUGAAAGCUUCACAUUUAAGGUGCCAUACACAGACUUGGGCGGUAAGACACUAGUAAUGACCGUGUACGACUUUGACCGGUUCUCAAAGCAUGAUGCAAUCGGGGGAAUAAAGAUACCGAUGAGCAGUGUGGACUUCAGCCAGUCUCUGCAGGAGUGGAGAGAUCUGCAGAAGGCAGAGAAGGAGGAGAGCGAGCGGCUUGGAGACAUCUGUUUGUCCUUGAGGUUUGUACCGACUGCAGGGAAGCUGACAGUGGUUGUCUUGGAGGCCAAGAAUCUGAAAAAAAUGGAUGUGGGCGGAUUAUCAGACCCAUACGUGAAGAUCCACUUAAUGCAGAAUGGCAAAAGACUGAAGAAAAAGAAAACUACUAUUAAGAAAAACACUUUAAACCCUUACUACAAUGAGUCAUUCAGCUUUGAAGUGCCAUCUGAACAGAUAGAGAAGGUGCAGUUAGCUGUUACAGUGCUUGAUUAUGAUAAGAUUGGGAAAAAUGAUGCCAUUGGGAAGUUGCUGCUGGGCGGCAACAGCACUGGGACUGAGCUACGCCACUGGUCAGACAUGCUGGCCAACCCACGACGCCCAAUAGCCCAGUGGCACAGCCUUAAAUCAGAAGAAGAAGUCAAGUCAUUAAUUUCCAACAAGAAAUAACCUGUGUAUAGGAAGAUCAAAUAAUUAAUUCAGGCCUAUCUACUAACCUUACUUUUCCUAAAUUUUGCUAUACAAAUGUUAUAUAAACCAUAUAAAUAUUUUCAUGAACAGUUUGUCAAAAUACUUGAGGCUGCAGGCUUUCCAAUAAGUUACUCAUUUAUUUAUGCUUCAUCCUAAACAUUAAUUUGAAGACACACUGCAAUGUAAAGUGCAAUAAAAAAAGAUGAUAUAUUAUGUCACAUUUGUUAUAUUUACGC